CACACCCCACACUGCUCCAGUGGAAUAAUUCAAUAGCUUUAACUCCAGUUCUCACACCAAUUGACAUUCUUUUGGGCUUUCUGGGACUGAAUGUAAUUUUAAGUGUAUUUUUUUUUUUCCAUGGCUUUCCAAAGAGCGACAAUGAAGACGAAAUUAAACACCUACAACAUGCAUUUGCUUCUUCUUGUUUUCUUGGUGUGGGACCCAGCCAGGUUGGUGCUGGCUAACAUCCAAGAAGAUGAAGCUAAAAAUAACAUUACCAUCUUUACAAGAAUUCUAGACAGACUUCUGGAUGGUUACGAUAAUCGGCUUAGACCAGGACUGGGAGACAGUAUUACUGAAGUCUUCACUAACAUCUACGUGACCAGUUUUGGCCCUGUCUCAGAUACAGAUAUGGAAUAUACAAUUGAUGUUUUCUUUCGACAAAAAUGGAAAGAUGAACGGUUAAAAUUUAAAGGCCCAAUGAACAUUCUUCGACUCAACAAUUUAAUGGCUAGCAAAAUCUGGACUCCUGAUACCUUCUUUCAUAAUGGGAAAAAAUCAGUAGCUCAUAAUAUGACAAUGCCAAAUAAGCUUCUUCGAAUCCAGGAUGAUGGAACUCUGCUGUACACAAUGAGGCUUACAGUUCAAGCUGAAUGUCCAAUGCACUUGGAGGAUUUCCCUAUGGAUGCUCAUUCGUGUCCUCUGAAAUUUGGCAGCUAUGCAUAUACCACUUCAGAGGUCACUUAUAUUUGGACUUACAAUGCAUCUGAUUCAGUGCAAGUUGCUCCUGAUGGUUCCAGGCUAAAUCAGUAUGAUCUGCUGGGCCAAUCAAUUGGGAAGGAGACAAUUAAAUCCAGUACAGGUGAAUAUACCGUAAUGACAGCUCAUUUCCACUUGAAAAGAAAAAUUGGGUAUUUUGUGAUUCAGACUUAUCUGCCUUGCAUCAUGACUGUCAUUCUCUCCCAAGUGUCAUUCUGGCUUAACAGAGAAUCUGUUCCUGCAAGAACUGUGUUCGGAGUCACAACUGUUCUAACAAUGACAACUCUAAGCAUCAGUGCUCGGAACUCCCUCCCCAAAGUGGCUUAUGCAACCGCCAUGGACUGGUUUAUUGCUGUUUGUUAUGCAUUUGUGUUCUCUGCCCUAAUUGAAUUUGCAACUGUUAACUACUUCACCAAAAGAGGAUGGGCUUGGGAUGGGAAGAGUGUAGUCAAUGACAAGUCCCCUUCAAUAAAAGCUGAAGGCAUUACAUUAACAUACAACUCAGUGAAGGCAAUUCUUCAAGGAGCUAAGCUAAUAUGGUCCAAGUAUAUAGCUUUCUCAUGGCCCAAUUUAAUCCAAGGAAAGACUUUAGAGUACUUAGAGAAGUGGAUGGACUGUAUAACCUUCAAACAAUCUUCUAAAAAAGAAAAAGCCUCUGUCAUGAUACAGAACAAUGCUUACGCCGUGGCUGUUGCCAAUUACGCCCCGAAUCUUUCAAAAGACCCAGUUCUCUCCACCAUCUCCAAGAGUGCAACCACACCAGAACCCAACAAGAAGCCGGAAAACAAGCCAGCAGAAGCCAAGAAAACCUUCAACAGUGUUAGCAAAAUUGACAGAAUGUCUAGAAUAGUUUUCCCAGUUUUGUUUGGUACAUUUAAUUUAGUUUACUGGGCUACGUAUUUAAACAGAGAACCUGUAUUAGGGGUCAGUCCUUGAAUCUAGACACAGGUGAUCUGUGGGAUGUAUAGGAACAUACACCUUUGUUUUGCUAUGUACAGUCUGACUAAUAACUGCUAAUUUGUGAACCAACAUGUACAGUAUGUAUAUAGCUAUAUAGCUUACCAGUAGACCUCUAAUGGAGACACGCAUUUGCUAACUUGCGGAACCGCAGGCAGAAAGCACCCCGUGCCCAAAGAGCCAUUGCCUUUUUUAAAGAUUUACCCUAGGAACUCGUUCAAAGUGGAUUUCACGUGACCUGAUUUAUUUCCUACUGUUCUAAUUGUGAUGAAAAUGGGGAUCCUAUACCACACUUUAUGAACUCUUUUGAUUUAAGUCUUAAAUAGAACUAUUUUGUACUGUUGCCUAACUAUAACGUAAGAUAACGUUUUCAUUCCAAGGGGAAUUCUUCUAAAUCACAGAACUCGUUGUAUCUGCCACAUCAGUGCCCUUCAUGAGUGCUCAGAAUCCCUGCUAGUGUAAUUGGAAGCUUAGCACACAUCAGAAGAAAAACUAGAGAUCUGAAAUCAGCUUUUAAUUACUCUGUAUAGCAUCUAUAGCACAUAUUACAGCAUGACAAGCUCAAAUACUUAAGAGUCACUCCUGACAGAAUGUUAAUUAUGCCUAGAAUUUAAUAACGUCAUGAACGUUAUGGCCAUUACAUUUUAGCAUCAGAGUUUAUUUGAAAGUAAAAUUCAAAUCCUACAGAGUAUUAUAAUCAUUGGAAACUACCUUAAAUUAAAACAAUAAAAAUUAAAAAAAGACAAAUAUGUCUUACUCUUUCCAGGUAUGUGUUGUAUUGAAAUUGAUCAGCUAAAUUUUCUUGGUGCUGGAGACUGGAAAAAGCAUCCAGUUUGGCUGCUGUGGAACAACAUUCACAUUGGAUUAGAAAAUUGUGCCAAAAACUCCCACUGAUGAGAAUUCAUAGGUGUCACAGUAUCUAGAUGAGCACUUAUACGAUUCUCUUCUUUCCUGUUUACUGCAAAUUCUGCCUUAAGGCUUCUUUUCAUCAGGACUCAGAAGCCACUAAUUACAAAGGAAAGGGCAGUGAAUUGGCACAUUUUUCUGUCUUGAAGCAGUGCUUUCAGAUAAGAAUUAUGUAAAUCUGCUUUUGUAAAUUGCAACUUUAAAUUUCAUUGACUCAAAUUUACAACAGCUUUGUAUACCAGAAGAGGUUUUGGUAAGAGUUGAACAUUUUUAAACAGAAACUUUAAAGCAUCACCAACAGAUUGUGGAUUAGUUCACAUGCACAAAUAUAAACGUGCACACACGUAUACACACACACACACACUAAUUAACUAAAUUAGAGUGCACACACAUAGCUAAAUUAGAAACCACAAUUUUCAAUUUUAUAUAAUUACUAAAUAUUAAUGGGUAAAAUUCAUUUUUCUUUUAAUAUUUAAAAUAUACUCUCUAUGCCCCUGAAAUAUGUUAAUAGAAGUUAACAAUUGUGUCUCAUGCCUAGAUUUAAGAUUUUUGGCAAACCCAAAAUCCUUUUGACUCACAUCUACAUUAGCAGUUAUUAGUUGACUUUUACUAAUAGAUACACCUUUAUGAUGGUGUUUUUGUAGAAACAUAAGUAGUCAAAUAGUGGCAUUUCCUGCAGUUUUGUACAGUAUUUCAGUAUAGUGCAUAAAUAAGUAUGUUCAUAAAAUCAAUAAAAGAAGUAUCUUAUGGAAAUAAGCAAAAUCACAACAAAAAUUGCUAUUCCUUUGCCUCGUUUAAAUUUAUUUUUUUCAUUUUCUUUGUUUUAGUGUGAUUCUAUUAUGUGCUUUGCAUGACUGUAUUAAUACCAAGGUCACAAAUGCAUCUUAUUAACAGAAUUUGCCGUGAAGACAGGCUUGACAUUAAAAGUUCCCUCACAAAAGGUAAUCCAUAAUCCUUAAUAAAAUAAAAUUGUUAACAUGAUCUAAUAAAUGUAUUUCUUUAAUUCCCUUCCAAUUAUAGCUUAUUUGUCAUCUAAAUAGUUUUAACACAUACACUUUAUUUGUACGUUGAAAUGGAAGACACCCUAUUUUCCUACACACUUAAAUAUAACAUGGAUCUGUAGAGUUUAGGGAAGUGUGUAAGAGUCUGAGAACAUGCACCUUGCUUGAAAGCAAGCAAUAAAAAUGCUUUGUACGGUAUACAUUACUUUACACUUUAAAAACAUUGUGCUUGUAAGUUCUACAUUUCCCCCUUAAUAUCUGACUCUAAAUUAUAAAUUUAUAAAUAUGUACAUAUGUAAAAAUAGUUGUAAAUAGCAGUUUCUGUAAGACAACAGAAGAGACUCCUCUUUACCUUUGACAAAGGGCUGCGCCUACAUCGAUGACACCAGUUUCGUUAAAAUUUAAGGUAGAGUGGCCAGAAAAGUUAUUCUUGUUAUUCUUAUUUUUAGUUUGAAUUGCCAAAAUCUUAUUUGAACCUAAGAACAUCCUGACAGUUCAGAUUUUCUGAUGAUGUGGAUUGGGAUUUUUGAUUAUUUCUCUCAUGUUGGUGUAUUUUUUUACACAUUUCUCCAACUUUUAAAAUUUAUACAUCAAAGGGAACUUUUGGUGUUUCUGGAGAGAGGGAGGCUGCUGCAUGGAAAAUUAUUUUAAAUCAUAGAACCGUAGUGUUUAAAAUUAUUCUGCUUUCCAUAAACCAUUGUAAAGAUGCAAAAGAAAAGUGACACAAAUUUAUUAAAAUAAGACCAAAUUUUCAAGAAUUACAUUUUUAAUACACUAUCAGAGGUCUCUUUGGCCCACAUUAUGCCUAUUUUAUGCAGUUGUACAUUGACAUAAAGAGUUAUGGUAUGUAAAAAAUGUAGAUAAGUACAUGUACAUAUAUUAGAGAUAAAGUCUCAUUUUUGUAUAGCUGCUGCUCUGAUUCAGCUAAUAUUUAUUCAACAAAUUUUUUUUUACCUCGUACUGUGUGUCACACCAUGAUGGUGUUAAUAACACUCAUAUUGCACCCUCAGAAUUUAGAUGAAAAUUAAAGUGCAUCUCCUUCUUCUAAAGACUGAAAAUCAAAGACGAAAUGGAACACGUGAAUUAAUUUAGCACUGAGAGUUGUUUUAAUAAGUUAUAAGAUCAUGAGUGUGCUAAGAUAGUGUCUGUCUUGUUUUUUCCUCCUAUUUGUGUU